UAGUCGUGUGGUAUACUAAACACUACACGUCGGUAAUUUUUCAAACUUGUCUUUAGAUUGUCGGAAGGCAUUUCAGCUACAAAAUCUUCAGUUUGAUUCGAUUACUGUCCUCGUAAAGCAAACAAAGGUCUACAAUGCCCAAGAAGAAGACUCCUGCAAAUGCAUUCUACUUCUUCAUGCUUGACAGAAAAGCUGCAUAUGAAAAGAAUGGGGAAAGGUUCCCUAAUGGUCUGAAAGAUGUGUCAGAAGUCGCAGGGCCAGAGUGGGCGGUCUUGCCUGCAUCACAAAAGAAAAAAUAUGAGGAAAUGGCUAAAAAAGAAAAGGAGCGGCAAAAAGGGGACACCGCCCGCAAAUACACCAAUCUUCACAAUUCCUUUGACUAUCUGCAAAAGACACAACAAGAACUCGAAGAACAAAAGCGACAGAUCAACGAAAAUAUUGAGAAGACAGUACGUUCUAUUUGCAGCACGAGAAAGGUUCCCACGUUCAAGUUUUACUUCAUACACAUUAACUAUUUCUGCAUCUCCGACGGGCAAGUGUACCAUCCUGCAGAGAUAGCUGUAUCCGAGUUUUGUCUGGCUGAGGGUGUCACCAACAUCUAUCAUACCAUCAUUGGACAAAAGCAGAUACCAAUGGGCUACCGACUGGACGCAAUGACUCGCUCAGACGAAGUACAUCAUAUCCCCUUAGAAGGGGAAGAGGGGGAAAAGAGCAUCUAUGUAGUUUGGGACAACGUGAAAGCGGUUUUGGAGAGAGGCAGAAGUGCUCAUGGCGGGUCUUAUCCGCCCAUGUAUACCAUGCCAGACAACGUGAGCCUGAAUACGAGCAUCUCUUGUGUUACCAACGUAGUUCGAAUGAUGGCUGAAGCGAGUGGAGACAAUCCUGAUGACUUCCAGGUGUUUCCCCUCGAGAAGUUAUUUUACGAGCUGAAGUACGGGUGUGCGACUGUCGCUGGGGCCGCCAAGGACAUCAGGAAUUACUACCCUAGUGUUCCAUUUGCCUGUUCUCGUCUGGAAAAUGAUACUUUCAACUACACUGAGGAAAUUGCAUGUGCAUUUCACAUUGAGAUAGAACAAGUAGUGAACUGUUCGAAGAGCUUCGUCCAGAGAUGGGCCUACAUCAUCUGUGACCAGUGUUGUGCUUACCUUGACAUAUCAGUGGUACCAGGUAAACACGUACCUUCCAACUCUGCCGUGGAAAGUCUGGACAAGUUUAAGGAGAGGCAGCGAGUGAGAGCGGCUGAAGAGGCUGCUGCAGCCGCUGUCAAAGCUGCCCAGAAACCUUUUACGAUGGUUUCUGGAAACACCGUGCAAUCUUUUGCCCCAGUUGAAGUGGAACAACAACCCGUGGCUAAACCAACAGUGCAGCCUUCGCUCCAAAGACCCAUGACCCGUCCGUCCAGUCAAAACUUCAACCUUGACAGUGACUUUCCAGUUGGCCUAGUUUCUCGUGGCCGAGGCAGAGCUCCUGGAGUUUCAAGAGGUGCUCCGCCAGGAGGUAGCCAAAGUGCUCCAAUGAGUUUCGCGGCUGCUACGUGGGGAAAGAAAUAAGACUGAAUCUACUUCAUUCAAUUCAUAUGGACAUUCUGAUUUUACUGCUUUCAUUCAGCCUUGCUUGACAAAGAGGAGAUCACUGCAUUGAAAUUGAGUUACUGUUUGUCCAAGUUAACGUUAAUUGAGUUAACAGUACCACUUGUUUUUUACUGUUAGGUUAUAAAUUGUUUGUUCUUUUUUUCUCUGAUCGCUCAGUAUGGAAUACCAUAGAGAGCUGAUAAAACAAAUUAUCCUGGUAUGUAGGGUAAUUUACUAAAAUACGUUAUUUGGGCAAUUUGCCAUUGCAUUUUUUAAAAUUAACCAAAUGUUCUGUUCUUAUGUAUAACUUAUGUCUAAAAGGGUUGAGUGGGUUUAACCCUCUUAGUGCAACUGGGCUUUACCCAAACACAAACCCACACUGAAAAGUAAUAGGUUACAUUAAGUGGUUUGAACCAAUAUUGAAAGUUCAGGGGAAAAGUCAAUGUUCCAUAUUUUUUAUAUGUUUAAGAGAUCUUGAUUUUACCAUUAUGUUUCUUAUUGACAUUAUGUGUAUCCUACAAACACUAAAUAACCCUUCAAACCUCUCAAUUUACUACUUAAAGAACCAUUAAAAUAUAACAAUCUCUCCAUGAAACACAAUAGUAUGAACCUCAAACGAAACUAAUUUUUUAGUCUCAGUGUAGAUGAAAAAAUAAACCAAGAAUAAGUUAAACAAGUAGUGACAGGGAAAGAGGGAAACAAACCGGUGAUCGAUAAUUAGAUACUUUCAGACUGAAGUCACACAUUAACCAGCCAACGUUGGUAUUACUGCAUACUUCAAAAUAUAAAGUUUUUGAAGGCGAUACUUGCAUCGUCACUGCACUAAGAGGGUUAAAUGAUGAUAUAUCUGUGAUGGGCUUUUUUCUCUUAUAGCUCAGUAUGGAAUCCCAUAUAGCAUCGAGAAUAUACUUUUAGGAUAAUUUUUGGUAAGGAAAGUUGUUUGGCAUCGUUGUAUAGUCUCAAAGUUAAAUGCCCCAAAGUUUUUAUUUAGCUUAAAUGUAUUAUUUCUUUCUUAAGAGGGUAAAGUUAAGUUGGUGUUUUUAAGUUAUGUUUAUGAUAUAACUGUGAUGAGUUAAGGACAUAAGGACGUUUAAAGUUGUUAUCUAAUUGAAUACUUUUAUCAACUCUAGUCCUUAUUUUUGUAAUUGAAGUUUUAUUAAACAUGUAUUCUUACAUUU